UUGUUUACCUUCACCUCGCACUUUAUCUACACCCUACUUCAAUUCACCAACAAGAAAAUAAUCCAGCACCAUAAUCUACUUGCUUGACAAACUUCAAGACCCGAGAAUUCGCAGUCCGCCUGCCAAGCCAAUAGUUUGGCUUCAUCCAAGUACAGCUUCAAAAUCGCGGUGGCUGGGGUGGUGUGAUUUAACCGCCAGCCUUGCUGGACCCGGUCGCAAUCAGCUCAACCUCGUACGAAGUAUCUUGAGCUACUCAGCUUGUGAAGUCAUAAAGCAAUCGUCUUUUGGCUAAAAACAACGACCUUCCUCAAUUGCGAUUCUUUACUGAGGAUUACUUGGGUAACCAGCUUCCUCGCUGUCACCAUAGUAACCCUGCAAGACUCUCUAGCUGGAUAUGGCUACCACGUUGGAGCAAGAGGAGGAUAGAGCAGAGGUCGUGGUUGAGAAGGAAGCGGAUAGCGAAGAAGAGAGUCCGCGGGCAAAAAAGCAACGUAUAGGAUGGUGUGGUCGCUUUGAAGCAGAUGAGUGGUAUUGCAAAUGUGAUAGGAAAGCAAAAAGAUUGCCAGUCACCAGAAAGACGCGCAAUGAGGGCAGAUUGUUCUGGAUGUGUCCUGUACGAGAGCCGAAACAACCAGGAGACCCAGAGCCAUGUCAAUUCUUUAUGUGGGAUGAUGAGCAGGAUACCGCAAUAGAGUGGAUGGAAUUGAACCCAACAACACCUGCAAAGCAGCCAGCUCCAAAGUCUCGCGAGAUACGUACUCCGAAUAACGGCUCGAAGAAGUGCAUGAAUGGGUGGCUUAGCGGAACAAAUGGGAAGAAGAGGGUCAUACAGGAUAUCUCAGAUGAUGAUCCUCAAGAGGAUGUGGAGAACAAAGAGGAUGACUUCGUCAUUGUUGAAAAUAACGAUAUUGAGGAUGUGUUCAAUCCAGAAAAUACUCGGAACGGUAGCCCAUCCAGGAAAUCAGCCAAAGUCACCAGAUUUACAACGCCGGGACAACCAGUUAACAAGAACAUGGAGGAUGGUCGAAAUGAGUUGCCCACACCUGCCACAACCGGUAGAGCUGUCGAUGGAACCCGUCAGCCAUACGUUCGAGAAGCCUCACCUACACCGAUACAACUAGAUGCUGCGAUCAACCUAGGCGACGCAAGAGAACCGUCAGAGGGCAAGACGGAUUUGUUGAGGAGUAUCCUCGCUCUGAUCAAGGCGGAUUAUCCGGACUUGAAGGCAUCGACGGAGAUUAUGAUUGAGCAUGAGAUAGAACAAGAAGUCAGGAGAACUAGGGCUGAGGCGAAGGGAUACAGAAAAACUAUUGCCAGGCUUCGACAGACGGUGGAUGAUCUGGAGACUACAGUAAGCCAUCUGACUUAUGGCGGUGCUGCGGAUGAUGUGGUUGUCCUUUCGGAUUAAUGUCGCUGGUUAGAUUCGAGACUUAUGGUCUGGGGUGCGGGAGUUCUUAUGGUUUGCAUUUUGAGAGAUACCAUAGCAUUUUGAAAGCGAGUAAUGAAUCAAUUCUAC